CUGGUGAUUCUGUUUCCGGUUCGUAGUUCUGGUCCUGGCAGCGCGGAUUAGAAAGGGAGCCGGUGGUAUUCGCAGAUAUACCUGCAUUUCUCUUCACAAUAUAAUUAUAACCUAUUUUGAAUAUGUCUGGCAGAGAAGGCGGUAAAAAGAAACCACUGAAGGCGCCCAAGAAACAAAACAAGGACAUGGAUGACGAUGAUGUGGCUUUCAAGCAGAAACAAAAGGAAGACCAGAAAGCGAUGGAUGCAUUAAAGGCCAAAGCUUCAGGAAAAGGACCUCUUGGUGGCAGCGGCAUCAAGAAAUCAGGAAAGAAGUAAAAUCUGUAUCUGAAUGCAUUUGUAUACUCCUGGCUUCAGUUCCUGUACGCUUUAUUUUGCUCUGUUAAACAUGAACCCUUUCUGACUCUAAAACUGCCCUGGUGCUGAGCUCAUCCAUCGCUGAAGUGGUUCAGAAGAUUAAAUAACUAUUUCAAGUAGAUAAAGUUAGAAUUAAUCGUCACCUGUCAUUUCCAUCGUAGUUCCCUAAUGACAUUUAAUAAGAGGUUGUACAUUGUAAUAUUUUCUCCAGUCGUGUGUCUCAGCCCAAGUCUUUGAAUCUGACAUGGAAUGAAAGUUUGCAGCUUUAGAAAUGGAGCUGGAAAAAUAAAAAACAAAAACCCUUCUGGUCCUCAAUGCAUUUUCUUUUGUGUCCAUGUGAAGCUUAAACCAGAAACACAAAUCAGCCCACGUUCUUAUGCUUCUGAUUGUUGUUGUAAAGAAGGAAGCUACUAAUAAAGACUUUUUGUAAUUA